AUGGGGACUUCGCCGAACGAUGCCUCGACCAGGGGUGAUACGAAGUCGCCCAAACAAUCCAACAAUGCCACUCCGCCGCGGCAAGAUUCCAUCCCCGAAGUGAAACAGCCCGACCCAAGCUUGAAGCCCGAUGCUGACGGCGCGAAACCUCUCGGUCCUCCCCCUCGACCUGGACAGACCACUGGAAAUACUCCUGACUACUUCGGCGGCGGAGCCGCUGGAUCUCUCAGCCUGGAGCCCAAUCCUUUUGAGCAGUCUUUCGGCGGAGGCGCGCCAGAGACACCCGGUGGUACGAAGUUGCCGUCUGUUGCUGCUCUGACUUCGCCCUCUUCUUUGCUUCCCGGCAGUGGCGCGACUCCAUUCAACUGGGGAGGUGGUUCUUUGCGAACUGGCCCCCUAAGCCCGGCCAUGUUGUCGGGUCCGACGAGCGACUACUUCAGCGACUCGCAUCAUCUUCGAGGCGGGUUCCCGACUCCGAACGAGUCCUCAUUGAGGACUGGCUUGACUCCGGGCGGCAGCGGUUCCAUGUUUCCUGCUCCGAGUCCCAAUUCUCAACAACUGUUUGCCCAGCUCGCCAGCGGCGGUGCCACACCUAGCACCAUCGAUUUCCACCGUACUGCAUUGAGUGCUGCGGCCAAGCGUGAAAACCAGAAUCAAAACCAGAGUCAGCAACAGCCUGCGGUUACCUCACAACCCCAAGAUAUGCCCAACGGUGCGCCUACUGUCAAGGCCGAAGCAAAGCAAUUUGAUCCACACGACAACGACGCUGCGAACGGUCUGUUUAUGCUCGCUCAAGGCAGAAACGGCGCCCAAGCUCCUGUAUAUGCGAAUACAACGCAACCCCAGUCCCAGGCUCAGGCCCAGACUCAAACUCAGUCACAGUCCCAGUCCCAGCCGCACCCGGCUGCCGCUCCUCCAAAGAGAAUCGACACGUCUCCCCAGAUGAGUGUCAACGGUGCUGGGUCAGUAGGCGCCGGAUCUUCAGUGCGAGGUGUCAGCGAGGGCGGGAGCGCCAUGUCAGACGAGAGUGAGCAAGCCCGUCCCUCUGCUAGGGGCAAGGGCAAGCGUAAUUCGACUGGAGGUGCCUCGACGAAUGGCCGCCGGAAAGCCGAGGAGCCCCUGGCUAAGGGCCCCCCAAGCAAGAAGUCCAAGCCGAACAACGCACCUCCCCCUGACAUGAACGGCGAUGACAGCCACUCCGACGAUGAUGACGACAUGAAACAUGAGAAUGGGGAAGGUGGAUCCAAGUCCAAAAUGACAGAUGAGGAAAAACGCAAGAACUUUUUGGAGCGCAACAGGUAUGCUAUUAUCCACGCUACCUAUCAUUGUUAUGCCGCCGCUAAUGGUCAUGUCAGAGUUGCUGCCCUUAAAUGCCGCCAGCGCAAGAAGCAAUGGUUGGCCAACCUUCAGUCAAAGGUUGAGUUGUUUAGCAGCGAAAAUGAUGCCUUGACGGCUCAGAUAACACAGUUGCGAGAGGAGGUUGUCAAUCUCAAGACAUUACUUCUCGCCCAUAAGGAUUGUCCCGUCACCCAGCAACAGGGCCUACACGGUGCUUUCAUGCAACAGGCAAUGGAGCCCUUCAAUCCGCAGAUGAACCCGUACGGCAUGGCCGCUCCUAUGUCGAACCAGCAGGUUCUCGCAGCAGGGCAGGGUGUGCAGCGACGCUUUUCAUAG